CGACACCAUGGCAUUUCACUUGUGGGGAGAAUGUGGCCAUUUAGAAUCCAAUUUGCUGUCCAAGGUGUGAAUUCACAUGAGUAAACACCCGAGAAAACAGUUGGUCACGUGACCAGUAAUUCGUUCACGGUAAAUAAAUGUCAAGUCGGAAACAGAUUAUGGCAGUGACGUUGGCGGCAUCUUUGAUGUACCAGCCAUAUGGAAACAAGGAUCACGUGGUUUCCAAAAAAACAAAUUCAUUUGCAGAGUGGAUUCCCGUGUUCUGUCACUUUUAAAAUUGCUUGGUGCGAUUGUUGUUUCUUGAGUAGAAUAUUCUCUGCUUGAAGGAUGUUGUCAUAUAUACUGUGUGUGACUGUACUGAUUGGUGCACAGUGCCAAGCGGUUUUAGUAGAACCCAAACGUGAGUGCGGAUUGGCGCCAGUAUACCACGGAGAUAUACCCGAUGCCUAUGCUAUCGUUUUUAAUGAGGCAUUUACUUUAUCAGAGGUCCAGGCCAUCUUAGGCGGCGUGGUUGGCCCUGGAUUAGUUAUUGAGAAAAUUAAUUGCAACUUUGUUGUGUCGUGGGCUGAAGUUACCAUCAGUAGUGUAGAACGAAUGGAACUGGUCCGCGCGUUAUCUUCAGUGCAGUUUGUUCAGGGAGUGUACGGUGUAGCAUUGGCUGAAAACUGGGGUCUGGACAGAAUUAAUCAGAGAUUGCUACCACUGGAUAGUGAUUACCUAACCCCAAGAUGCGUAGUGACAAAAGUUUGCACUGCGUUGGAUGCUCCUAAUAUUUAUUUGAUUGAUACUGGAAUUCUCUACACACACGAGGAAUUCGAAGGAAGGGCGAAACCUCACUAUGACCACUUCCCAGACGAAGGUUACAAUGGAAUUGACAUUGAAGGCCAUGGUACUCACGUGGCUGGCAUAGCCGGUGGGAAGACGUUCGGCGUUUCUAAAAAUGCGAAUCUCUGGAGUGUUCGCAUAUUUAAUAAGGAUGGCGUAGCAACGUCUAAAGGAAUUUGGCAUGGAUUACUUAGCGUUUUCAACGAUGGACAAUUACCCGCCGUCAUCAAUUUGUCUAUCGUAUCAGCGUCCUCAUUACUAGAUAAGUUUGGUACUUUAAUUAUACGUAAUAUUCAGAACCGUGAUAGGAUUCCCGUCAUCGUUGCUGCGGGAAAUAAGGACAGUGACGCGGGAGACUAUUGGCCAGCUAAUUCUAAUAUUGUGACGGUGGUUGGAGCAACGGAUAGUAACGAUGUCAGGGCAACCUUUUCCAAUGUCGGAGAAUAUGUUAACUUAUUCGCCCCAGGGGUGGAUAUUGAAAGUGCUGGAAUAGGAUCCGAUACAGAGGUGGUAACCAAAUCUGGGACGUCGAUGUCAACUCCGUACGUUACGGGAAUUGCGUCACGGAUCAAGACUCAAGUUCCAGGAGCCACCGCAGAAGAAGUGCUUUUCAAAAUGAACUACUUUGCCACUAAAGAUGUUGUAGUUGAUGCCGCCGGUACCCCUAAUAGGCUAUUUUACGGGUGUCAUCCCUAGAUUAUCUUCACUAGAACAGUGUUCUUUCUUAAUUAGUGAUGCACAUGAAAUAUAAUUCUUCGUUCUGUUCAUAAAAUAUUAUCACGUUCUUUUGUGGGAUGUAUUCUUCAUGACGUAAUCAUCUAUAACGCUAAUUUAAGAUUCCAUAUUACCAGACACCGUACACGUAAAUGCACUAUAUGGCUUUAUAUUGUCCCCAUAGCAACUCAUUAACAAUACCACAUGAAAACGUACAUUAUUGUUGUUAUGACAAUGUAUUGUACUCGAUAGUAAUCCAUUGUACUAUUCACAGGUCAGUUCUGUACAAAUAAAAUAGAAAUCUCAAUAAUUGUUGGUGGA